UGAAACGCAAGUGAGGAGGUGGAGUCGUGUUCAGAUCAGGGAGGAAAACCCAGCAGAAGAGCAGGAAAAAAGAGGAAAAAACACCAGACACAACAACAUCGGGGGGAGGACGGUGGAUUAGCUGAGCCAACUGAGGCAAUUCAAAUUAAGAAAAGCGCCGCUGUGAAGAAGGGAGGACAGCAAGAUGAUAACGCCCUAUUUCCUGGAAAAUUUCUGGGGUGAUAAAAACAAUGGAUUUGAUGUACUGUACCACAACAUGAAACAUGGCCAGAUAUCCAGCAAGGAGCUGUCAGACUUCAUCAGAGAAAGAGCCACCAUAGAGGAGACGUAUUCAAGAUCAAUGACCAAACUGGCCAAGACUGCCAGCAACUGCUCUCAGCUAGGGACGUUUGCGCCGGUGUGGGAUGUGUUUAAACAGUCCACUGAGAAACUGGCUGCGUGUCACAUGGAGCUGGUCCGCAAACUGCAAGAGCUCAUCAAGGAAGUCCAGAAAUAUGUGGAGGAACAAGCCAAAAAUCAUAAGAAGACAAAGGAGGAGGUGGCGUCCACUCUGGAGGCUGUGCAGAACAUCCAGACUGUGUCACAGGCCUUACAGAAGAGCAAAGAGAACUACGUCAACAAGAUGCUAGAGCAAGAACGUAUGCGCAAAGAGGGGGCCACACAGAGAGACCUGGACAAGGCUGGAUUGAAGGUCAAGAAAGCCACUGAGUCCUACAAGUCAUAUGUGGAGAAGUAUGCCACUGCGAAAACAGAAUUUGAGCAAAGAAUGACAGAAACCGCACAAAAAUUCCAGGGCAUUGAAGAGGAACAUGUCAUGCGUAUGCAGGAGAUUAUCCAUUCGUACUCUCAGUCUGUUGAAGAGACGCACAUACAGAUCGGAGAGGUGCAACUAGAGUUUGUGAACAACAUGGAGAACACUUCCGUCGAGAGCCUCAUACAGAAACUGGCAGAAAGCAAAGGAACAGGCAAAGAGAGACCAGGGCCCAUCGAAUUUGAGGAAUGUAAUGUCUCAAUCGCCACAGAAGGUGCCAAACCCAGAAAAAGAAAAACCUUUGCCAUACCAGGCCGACGAAGAGAUAAAGACACAGAUUCCACUGAAUCAGCUGAAGUAGAAGCGGUUAACGCUUCCAACGGAGCUCCCCCGGGUUUCUACGGUGCUAUAGAUCUUCAUAGCGCCAAUGUGCCUCAGCUGGACGAGGAGGGCUUCUGUAUCCGACCAGAAGUCAACGAGAAUGAUGCCAAAGAGAACUCCUUUUAUUCAUCCAGUGACUCAGAAGAUGAGGAUGAGCCAAGAAAAUUCCACGUCCAGAUCAAACCCGUGCAGACCAACAACGGCACACACCAACAAAAAGCCACCAUCGAUGAGCUGAAGGCCUCUAUUGGAAACAUCACCCUCUCGCCCACCCCUGCCGUUCAUAUGAAGAAGAACCAGUCCAGAAUGACACGACAACACACAUUCCCUUCUGUAAAUCCAAAGACAGGUGAUGAACUGACACGACACAAGAUACCACAGCCAUCCUUUAAUGAUAGAUUAGCCAGUAAUGACCUGCUGUCUUUGGAUCCGUUUGGCCCGACCAGCACCGGCUCCAGCUCGUCUCUUCCCCUCUCGUCAGACCUGGCUUCUCUCUUCUUAACAUCUUUCCCUACAUCUCCCCCACUGCAGUUAAAUGAUGAGGUUUUUGAAGACCCAGAAGUGGAUUUACAGUCGGAGCCCACCUCUCCUUCAGCAAUCAGUCUUGAUGUUACCGAGCCUCCUGCUUUGCCCGUUCCCUCCAAACUCCCUUCUCCUGCCAGUCUCGCCAAGCCGUGCACCCCGUCAUUCCCUGUUCUCCCCUUUCCUCCCUCCACCUCUCUCCCCGUCGAGGCUGUUGCCCCCCUCCGUCCUGGCCCGACUCGAGCUCUGAGCGUACCUCCAGCCCUACAAGCUCUUCCUAAGGACUACGCUACCCACAAGCCCCCUCUCAGUGCUGCCAUCGCUGGUCCAGACACACUUUCGUCCUGGGCCCAGAGCCAAUGGAUUGCCUUCAAUGAUGCCUUUGUGCCAUGUCGUGGACCAUCCCAUCAACCAGCGAGACCUCGGUCAGUGCCUGUGUCUCAACAGCCUAAGCUUUUCUUCAGAGAGACUUGUGACCCAUUUGGCAGCAUUGGGAAAGAGGAGAGCACCCCCUCUCUAAAGGAAGCACCAGCCCGAUCCAUGCAGGAUGUACCACCUCCAAACAGGCCGACUACUCCCCUGGGCACAGCAGCCAUAGUCCCUCCUCCAAGACCAUUAUCACGGCCCAAACUGCCAGCAGCCAAGCUGACGGGCAUCAAUGAGGCUGGCCGGCCGUUCAGCCCUCAUAAGCUGUCCAACUCUAGCCCUCCUCCCGCUGCUCCUCUGGCUCGUGCCGAGAGCUCCUCCUCUCUCAGCUCCAACACCUCCCUGAGCACCAGCAACACACCUACUGUCGAGGACGAUCUUUUUGUGGGGAAACUGCCCACAUUUGAGAAGAGAUGUGAAACUCCGGCAGGGAUAUCUCGUGGGCCCAGUCCAGUGACACUGGGUUCCCAAGAUGCAUUGCCCAUUGCUGUAGCAUUCACUGAGUCGGUUAAUGCGUAUUUCAAAGGAGCAGAUCCCAGCAAGUGCAUUGUGAAGAUCACAGGAGACAUGACCCUGUCCUUCCCUAGCGGCAUCAUCAAGAUUUUCACCUCUUGUCCGUCUCCUGCUGUACUCAGCUUCAAACUCUCAAACACUAGCAAAUUAGAGCAAAUUAUGCCUAACCAGCAACUACUGCACAGUGACUCCUCCCAGAGUGACACAAACAGUAAGGACUUUUGGCUGAACAUGUCUGCAUUGACGGCGUACCUCAGGAAGAGCUCUGAGCAGAAUCCUGCUGCAUCCUAUUACAACGUGGACAUCCUAAAGUACCAGGCAUGUUCAAAUGGGAUUCAGUCGACGCCUCUGAACCUCGUGGUGUACUGGAAAUGUGCCCCUACUACAACAGACCUGCGAGUGGACUACCGAUACAACCCAGAGGCCAUGCAGCCCCCUGCUGCGCUCACCAACCUACAGGUGCUAGUGCCUGUCACUGGCGGGGUCACCAACAUGCAGUCACUCCCCAACGCCAUCUGGAAUGCGGAACAGAGUAAGACAUUAUGGAAAUUGAGUGACAUCUCUGUCAAGUCUGAAAAUGAAGGAUCUGGUUCUUUGAGGGCAAAGUUUGAGCUGUCUGAUGGUCCAUCCAUCCCUGCCACCCUGGCUGUUCAGUUCUUCAGCGAGGGCAGCACUCUGUCUGGUGUAGAUAUGGAACUAGUUGGCUCCGGUUACCGGCUCUCCCUCAAUAAGAAGAGAUUCGCCAGUGGCCGCUAUAUGGCUGACUGCUGAGAUCUGAGAUCCGCUCUCAAAUGCAGGGAAUCUGGAGGUUCAUUUCUGUUCAUUCAUUAAUUCUGUCACUGGUUCUCAAUGAUAUUUAUGCAGGAUUGUUAGAGGGGAUGGAAAAAGUGGGCUGUCUGGGUGAAAGCCUCUCAUGCUUCUGUUUCCUCUCUGCGUUCUGAACGAUCCAGUUCCAGUGAAGCACCUUUCUGGAGAUUCGAGAUUUUUAUACUACACGCUAACGUAGCACUGAGUAUCAAACACUGUGUACAAAGAAAAAUAAAAAAAGAAAAGAAAGAAGGAGGAAUGUCAGGAUACUGGCGAAUGAAAUCAUUAAUCUUUAAUACUUUUUGAUCUAUUCAGACUUUUAUAAAGUCAGAACGGUAGUGUAUGUUAUUUUGAUAUGUAUAGUUAACAAUUUGUAAUAUGAAUUAUAUGUGUAUAAACAUACAGCAUAUCUAAACAGAAAAGGACAAAAAAACACUGCACUAACAAUCUUUCUGGAUAUUUGUUGAGCAUUCAUUUCUCCAUUUGUAUUCACAAUGUCAGUCAGUCAGUCACAAUGACGAUGAGGAGAACAAAAGGAGGGGAAAAAACAAUGAAAAAAGGAGAGACAGGAGAAAAUGCCUCAGCAAUAGAUCACUUCAUGCUCACAAGAACACCUUGUCUAGAAUGCCAUGGUCUUUUUCAUAGCUGAGCACUGCACAUUCGUAUGCUAAAUUCAGAUAGUUUCCCCCUAAUUUCUAUUGUUUUCAGUUUUAUUUUUUUCUUUCAGUUGUUUUGUUUAUUAUUAUGAAUGUGCAAUGAAGGUAUAAGCUUUCAAAAUGACAUUUAUGGAUUGUUUUUACAGUUUAGUGCCAUUUUCACUUUAACAUUGUUAAGAGAACCUACUGGUUAGUUGUGUGUCUUGCUUAACAGCAAAAGGAAACGUAUAUACACUGACCUCAGUGCCUCUUUACUUAAAAUAAUUGUACAGGAAAAAUUGCUUGUUUAAGUCUAAAAGAACACAUGUUUUCCCCAUUUGUUUUCCUCUUCCUUCAUUUUUGAAGUGCCAGUUCAGUUCUUUAUGCUUCCUAAUGGGAUAUUGAAGGGAAAACACUGCCUAAACUUUAGCCUUUGUCCUUCAAAUAGUUCACUGCAAAGCAUGCGCUGUUCCCGUUAUAGACAUCAUCCAAAAGUUUUCUGUAAACUCAAGCCUUAUAGAUGGAAUAUUUUGAAAUCUGAGCAGAAAUAAUACCAAAAUACCCAGCGAAAGAAUUCACUGUGAGAUUAUUCUAAUUACAAACACUGACCUGAGUAUUUGGAAUCCUUGUUGAUAAACAGACCAAAAUGUUUUGAAUAUUAGCAUAUUAAGAUGAAUUAUGAACGUGCACACUUUUCAGUGUAGUUUAUUAACAACAGACUACCAAAUUUUUAGGUAAAUGUAAUUUGAAGGGAGGGACACGGUAUGUUUUCACCAAAUGUGCCAUCACGUCUGUUUUUGAGUGUCUUUUGUUAAUAAUCACCUGAACACAUUAGUUUCUUAAAAUUGCUUUGAGCAAGUUUGCCAAAUACAGAUCAAAGCACAAUGUGCCAAUGGAAGUUACGGGGAAGAUUAAAUGCAGGCAGUGUCCCAGAGUUUCCCCACUGCCACGCAUUGAUUUGAACUCUUUUAUCUCUAAAUAUUUCAUUAGUUUUGUCCCACAGCAGUUCACCAUCAUCUUAGUAACGUCAAGAGUUUUCUCAUUUAGUCUUUAUUUCUCAAUUUGAGCUGGAAGCCAGUGGUGAGCAUUCACAGUGCUUUAAGGGGGUCUGUCCCCCAUACAAGGGCUAUUUGCCUUGUCUUCUGUGGAGGACCACGUCUCCAAGGGCUACCCCAAUCCCAGUCAUAGCAGACACCAUUUGUAUCUUAAAAUGAAAAACACUAAACACUAAAUGCCAACAAUGAAGGAUCUUCAUGAAUCUGAAAACAAUGACGUUCUUUAGACUGACGUCUUGUUUUCACCAGGAACUUUUUAUCUCUUUGAUAGCAGCCUAACAGUUUUGUGAAGUAACAACGUAAAGAUUUUAUAUUCAAAAUUCUCACUGUCUUUGUGUACAUUUUUUACAAAUAUUUGUGAUUUUAAUUCAGUUGUUUUCAGUAUGGAAUGUGGUGUUGGUGUCAGUACAGAGGCAGAAAUCAACUGGUGAACGUCAAUGUCAAUGUAGCAUCCAAAUACAAUAUUGAUUUCAAGUGAAUAUGAUCUAAUUGUGUAGUUAGCGAGCUGGUUCUUGCUGCCUCUACAGCCAUCACGUCAAUUUUCAGUCAUUUUUGAACAUUUAAAAAAAAAAAAGUCUUUUAUUUCUUUCUUUUUAUGUCCACAUUCAAUGGCAUUUU